AGUACCGAAGUGUUCUGUUCCUGAUUUUGUGAAUAAUCAUUCUUGACCUUGCGCCAUCCAUUCACAAUCAUGUCCUAUGGCUAACUUUUACCCCUCGCUGGCGCAAUGCGCUAUUGUUGCUACCGCGUUCAAGGUCACCCUUUUUCCAGCGUAUAAGUCCACUGAUUUUGAAGUCCACCGUAAUUGGCUGGCGAUCACGCAUUCUCUCCCUGUGGACAAGUGGUACUACGAGAAAACUUCCGAAUGGACACUCGACUACCCACCGUUUUUCGGUGUGCUGGAGUGGCUGCUCUCGCAAGUGGCCGUCCUUGUUGAUCCGGCGAUGCUGAAAGUGGACAAUCUCAACUAUGACUCCUGGCAGACGGUUUAUUUCCAGAGAUGCUCUGUCAUUGCGCUGGAGUUUGUUCUUGUAUAUGCACUUCAUCGAUAUAUCCAAUCGGUGGAAGUGGGGAGCAAACGGCUCGCGCAUGCAGCCGCGCUCUCCAUCCUCCUAUCCCCCGGCCUUCUCAUCAUCGACCACAUCCAUUUCCAAUACAACGGAUUCCUCUACGGGCUUCUGAUCCUCUCGCUCGUCCAGGCCCGCAAGCAAUCCACCCUCCUCUACAGCGGGAUCACAUUUGCCAUCCUCCUCUGCCUGAAGCAUAUCUACCUCUAUCUCUCACUGGCGUAUUUCGUCUACCUCCUCCGGGUCUACUGCCUGCACCCCAGGUCGCCGUCGAUCUUCCGUCCCAGAUUCGGCAACAUUUUCAAGCUGGGCGUCGGGGUGUUGGGCGUUUUUGGCGCUGCGUUUGGACCCUUUUUCUACUGGGGUCAGCUGGGCCAGCUGAAGGCCCGACUGUUUCCGUUCUCGCGUGGGCUGUGCCAUGCGUAUUGGGCGCCGAAUGUAUGGGCUAUGUACUCGUUCGUGGAUCGGGUGCUUAUUUUAGUCGCACCACAUCUUGGCCUCAAAGUUGAUUCAAGUGCGUUGGGAAGCGUCACUAGGGGGCUUGUGGGAGACACCUCCUUCGCCGUGCUCCCCGAAGUGACCAAAGAACACACCUUCACCCUGACCCUCCUCUUCCAACUCCUCUGCCUCGCCAAGCUCUGGCUCCAGCCAGACUGGGACACCUUUCUCGGCGCCGUGACGCUCUGCGGCUACGCGGCGUUCCUCUUCGGCUGGCACGUGCACGAGAAGGCGAUCCUGCUCGUGCUCAUCCCCUUCAGCCUGCUGGCGCUCCGGGACCGGCGCUUCUUCAGCGCCUUCCGCCCGCUCGCGGUGGCGGGCCACGUGUCGCUGUUCCCGCUGCUCUUCACGGCCGCCGAGUCCCCGCUCAAGAUCGUCUACACGGUGUUCUGGCUGGUGCUGGUGCUGUCUGCGUUCGAGCGGCUGGCGCCGGCGCCGGUGCGGCCGCGCGUGUUCCUGCUGGAUCGGUUCUCGAUCCUGUACGACAGCGUGGCGAUCCCGCUGGUCGUGUACUGCUCGUUUGUGCAUGGGGUGGUGUUUGGCGGGGGGCGGUAUGAGUUUUUGCCGCUGAUGUUUACGAGUUCGUAUGCGGCGCUGGGGGUGGUGGGGAGCUGGGUGGGGUUUAUGGUUGUUUAUUUUACUGCGUAG